GCGGUCCCGCCUCUCCUUGCCUAACCAUCCAGAUCUUCCGCCCCCUCUUCCCUUCAUUUUUCUGCCCCCGGGUUCCCUUCUUCAACUGCAAUCACAGCUGAUAUCAAGCAUCCCUGCAAUCUAGACUCAGACAUUCCUUAUUGUCCAUAGAUUCUCCAAAUCUUUCACCACGAGGAAAUAUGUGAAAUGGGAUCUUUGAUGUAAAAAAAGUUCAAAAAGGUGGUUAUUUUAGUUGGCAAUUGUGUUUUAGACUAGUGAAUUUGACGAUGGCUGAGAAUGAUAGCUUUUCUGAUGGGCGUGGCAAAGAUCGGGUAGUUUUAGGUGAUGUGACAAAUCAACUUGGUAAAAGUAGGUUUCAUUCAAUUUCAGGAGGUGGGAUCUGUGAAAAUGUUGAUAAGAAAGAAAACAAGAGGCUUGUAACCAAAUUUGUUAAUGCGAGUGACAAGGAUAGGGGUAAAAGGGCUUGUAUAUCGCCUCGGCCGUGUAGUCAGAUUAGUUCCUUGAAGGGAAACGUUAUAAUGGGCGUUUCGAGGAUAUCACCUGAAGUUAAGGAUCCCAAGUUGUUGGAUAAUGAAGUAGGUGGUUCGGUUAUCCAUGCUACUGCACAAGCUGGUGAUAAUUCGAGAGGUAGUUGUGAAGAUGGUUUUUUGAGGCCUAAUUGUGCAUCUGAGAGUGAUUGUGUUGAAGUAAUUUGUGAUAGUGAGGAAGGUAGAGUUGGUUCUGGAGGCUCUCAAGAUGAUAGUGAUCAUAAUACACAAGUUUCGGGGAAUGAUGGUGAUGAUCAUGAUGUUGACAACUUGGUUAUGAGUCAGACUGGCUCUGUUGAUUGUGCAAGGUUGCCAGAGUCUCAGGAGUCUAGAACCUUUGAGUUAGAGCGAUGCAGUGGACUGAAGACUGAUGGGUGCUCUAAUUUGGCGGCAGAUAUUGACUUGAUAAAAGCUUGUUCAUGUUCAUUCUGUACAAAAGCUGGUUAUAUAUGGUUAGACCUCCACUACCAAGAUAUGAAAGGUCGAAUAACAGCACUAAAAAAGAGUCAAAAGGAUGCAAGCAUUCUGGUUGAAAGAAGUUGCAGGAAUAAAGGAGCUGGUAAACAUGAUCAAGGAAGCUCUAGCUCAGCAUCAAAUUUAGAACAUGAUCUGAUGACUCAGUGGAGGUCCCUGUUUUCACAUAUGGAGGGUAUAUUUGAACGUGAGGCCAAGGAACAAGAAAUCAGUUUAGCUUCAAUAAAAGAUUUAAGAGACAAAUGCAAGACAGAACUCGAAGUUAUCAAUGGCAAAGCUCCAGAUAGCCAGUAGUAUGAUCUUCAUGCUUGUCAUGUUUGUAAUGCUGUUAUCUCCUUUAAGUUAUUUGUAGCUUGCCUUCAACCUUUUUUUUUUUUUUUUUUCUUGGUCUUCAACAUCUUUGUAUUUCUAUAGCGCUUUUGCAUCUCAAGGAUUUCUAUUGUAUGUAACAUUUGCUAUUCCAAGAAUAGGCUAUGCCCCGUGGUUUC